CUCCUCCUCCUCCUCCUCCUCCUCCUCCUCCUCCUCCACCUCCUCCUGCGUCCGAGGGAAGACCCCGAACCUCCGCCGUGAUGCGCUCCCACUCAUCUCAACCAAUGAUGUGAAGAAAAAAAAGAGAAGAAAAAAAAAAUCCGCCAGAAACGAUUGUCAGAUGUUUCAAACUCAUCGUCGCUUCGUUGUACUUGAGUGCCGCCUGUUUUCAACCCCAUCAUCACCCGGCUUGCAGUCGGGCUCCAGCACAGACAUCCACAGGGGUUACCUGGUGUGAGAUGCGGCAAUGUCCCGAGGAUUGUGCCAACGCGUAAACUCUUGCGGCUCCGCAUGGAUUUUGUCCGCGCUCGUGUUCGCGGUGAACGUGAUCGACGUGGACGCGUACAGCUGUCAUGAAGUGAGGACCGCUUUCCAGCUGCGGCAGGUCGGCCCCCCGCAGCGCGUACCGGAGACACCUGGCAGAGAUGUGGAUCUGAUGGUUUGUAAGCACCAGGGUCCGUCAUGCUGCACCCGGAAGAUGGAGGAGAGUUACCAGUUGGCUGUAAAAAGAGAAACCCUGCACAACAUUCAGUCCUACAGCUAUGAGCUUGAGCACCUCAUCUCCGGCCACUCGGAUGCCUUCCAGGACAUGUUCCAGUAUCUUCUAUCCUUCUCUCAGGGCCACCUGAGCUCUCUGUUGGAGGGAACCUACUCAUCCCUGUCCCGCCAAGCCCUACCCUACGUCAACCAGCUCUUCUCCUCUCUGUCCCUCUAUAUCCGCGGGGCCAACGUCUCUGCAGAGGCGUCAAUCCACCAAUUUUAUAACAGCCUCUUCCCACUCGUCUACACACGGCUCAUCAAUCCCGGCCUGGAAGGCGGCAUGACGAUGGGCAGGGAAAUGGACGACUGUCUCCGCAUGAUCAGGCAGGAUGUCAACCCCUUUGGGCCUCACCCGGGUGUCAUGGCCGAGGAGCUGGCCGCGGCGUUGGGUGCCGGCAGAAGACUGGGCCUGGCCCUGGAAGAGGGUCUGGAAGUGAUGAACGCCACCGAACACGUCAGCAUGAGCAAAGAGUGCGUGAAGGGCCUGGUGAAAAUGGUGUACUGUUCGCACUGCAGAGGCUUGACGCUCAUCAAGCCCUGCGUGGGCUACUGUCUGAAUGUAAUGCGAGGCUGCCUGGCCAGCAUGUCCGAGCUGGAUCAGCCUUGGAGGAGAUACACCAGUCUGUUGGAGCAGCUGACCCACGCCACGGCUGGGCACCACAGUCUGGAACUAGCCCUGCUGGGGGUUAGGGGGUACGUUAAUGAGGCCCUGCUCUACGCACAGCUCCACGGUCCACUCAUUACUGCCACAGUGGACAAGGUGUGUGGCCUGUCUACUGGGGAACCUACAAACAUGCCGCCUACUACCCCGGAGGUCACAACCUCGACCUCCACGGUGACCCCGUCCCUUCCUCCUCCUCCAUCUGCCGCCCCGUCCCAACGUCUACCAGAGCAGUGGCUUGGCCAAUUGGCCCACUUGAGGAGCUCCUUCCCCCUGAAACCCUCCAAGAACAAUAAACAUAGUCUGAGAACACUCUCUAGGGAAUUCUUGAUGUACCUGCAGCGCUACAAGUCUUUCUUUGCAGCCUUGCCAGAGAUGCUGUGCGAAGGGGAGAAUGUAGUGGAUGACUCCACGUGCUGGAGCGGAGACGAAGUGGUGGAGAGCUACGCCGGCAGAGUUGUAGGAAAUGGUCUACACGCCCAAAGGCAAAACCCGGAGGUCAAAGUUCGAAGCCCAAACCCUACACUGGCCGAAGUCAAGGAGAGGCUGGAGCUCUUCAACCAGGAGACCCAGGACAUGUUUCCACAACUGGGCCAGGUGGAGGCCUGGGAUGAGCUCGGUAGUGGGGAAACGGAGGAGGGCAGCACCACAGACUGUGAUGACGAAGAUGGAUGUCAAGCCUCAGGAGACGGUCAAGACCAGACCUCACAUACAGAUACCUCAAGUGAAGGAAAGUCCAUCGAGAGACAACCCGGAAGGCCACAUGAGAACCCUUCCGAGCCCCCCUCAGUGAAGGUGAUAGGGGGCUCGCAGUCUGACAGCUGGGCACGGCCCUGGAGCCUCGCACUGCUCUUUGCUGCACUUUGCCUGCAGUGGACCCUGAACUGAUGCCGGCGCCCUCUGUGAACCCCCCCAAUGCCCCCUGCCCCCUUUAAGAAACGACACACAUGCACAGAGACACUCAUUUAAAUAUCAUGCAUAGCAUCCUUACCCUGGUCCUACUUGGCUGCUUGGAUGGUGAUGCUGGAAAAUUUUUAAUUUCAAACAAGACAAGGCGUGGAAGAGAAGAGGAACGUUGUAAGGAGACUGUGCAGGGGCCUUGGGGGGCUCUUGCAGGAAGCUGUUGUCCUGCAGCAUCACCAAUGUGGUUGUUUUCCCAAGUCAAUUCUAUGCACGCUUAUCUGCAAACAUUAGACUGCUUCUUCUUGGCUGUUUCGCUAUGAGAGACACCAGUACAGCCCCACCGCUCACACACAAACACACACACGGGACCUCAUCGUCUGGACUUUUAUUUAAAAGCGCUUACACAUUUCAGAUGUACGGCCAUCUUGUCUUUGAAAAAAAAAGGUUAACAAACCUCAUCACAGCCACUGCACCAGUUAUGCAGAAAUUCAGCUCAUUUGGGAACUGUACUCAUUUUCUUUUCAAGGAUUGAGGAAUGCAUGAUAGAUUGAUAGUUCGAUCCCAAGUGCGUGGCCCAGAACAGCAGAUUUGAUACACUCUGCUGACAGUGUACCUCGGCGGGGAUUAGAAUGUAAUGAGUUCACAGGUGGAGCACCGUCACACUUGCACGGCUGAACUCAUUGUGCAGACAAAUUGAGUGCGUAUAGUAUGUUACUGUAUAUAGGUCGAAAGAUUUCAUAGAGUGUAUGAGGUUCUAAUUCAACAAAAAUCUCCUAAAUGAUCAAGCUGUAUGGUGUUAUCUUUUCUUUUCCCAUUGCUGUUAAUGGAUUGUGCUUGUUGGCUCCAUGCUACAUAUUUCUGUAAGAAUUACAGCAGGAAUGCACAUUUCAUUUUCCAGUUCAAGCCAUUGACAUAAACACAUUUUGGAUGUUUGAACACAGCCUGUACAUUAUUGAUUUUACAAAUCUUUAUUGUGCAUCAAAUUGUGUGUUGUUUGCUCGUUGAUGUGCACAUUAAUGCAUGUACAGUGUAACCUACCAAAGUGUCAGCAUUAUUGUGGGAGGAACCGGCUACAAAAAAACAAUUGCCUUUUCCGGUACGUCUCGCUGAUGGCGAGGCAUCAGAUUUUAUCUUUCUCGCUCAAAUGAUUGUUUGAUACCUAAUAACAAUCAGAAAAGUUUGGCUGCAGAUGCAUCACAGGCAGUUUGACACACACAAGUAUUUUACAAAGUUGGGUGCACCCAUUGUCCAGUAUAGUGGAAGCCCUUUUGCAAGUCCCUUUUUUCCCCUGAAUUCCUCUUACACUUUGCCAAAUAAGCUCUUAUGUCUCUUCACUCACUCUUAAGCAGACCAUUCCUUUGAAUAUUCAUCAGAAUAAAAGCAAAACCCUUCUUUGUUUCAAAUGAUUCCUCAUGAGGAUGGAGCAAAAGGGAAGUUCUACAAGUCACUGCUACAGUGGCUUCUUUCUCUGUGUACCUGUUGUCUCUCUUGUGGAGACGAGGAUGGUUUAUGUGCUGGUGUGGAAAAGUCCCUGUGUGAAUGAGGGUUGAGUGUGUGGACAAUGCUUUACGGAUAUGGUUAAACCCGAUAAACCCCAAAUAUGUCUUUACGCUUACAUGGUCUAUUUGUAGUGAAAUACCUCUUCUAUUAAUAAGCCCUUAAACAGCUUCCUCUCCUGCUGAAAAACAACUCCCAGUUGGCUCUGCCUAAAAGUGGAAGAAAGAUGACCUGCUUAACUACUACCUUAUACAUACAAUUAUACACUAAAAUAUUGCAGUUAAUGGAGAAUGUAUAUUUUAGUUGUUUACUGUGUCACAUCUUGGGUUCUGUAACCACAUUUCUUUAGUUCCUAUGUAAGUUCUGUUCAUGACUGUCAUUCAUUGCACCCACCGAUCCCUUACAGUCCUUUUUACCCUUGCAUGUGUAUAAAUGUACAUAUUUUAAGUCC